GCCAAGAUAAUUCACUCUCUUUCACCCUUGCAACCAGAUGGCCGUCGAAUUCUCCGUACCGUUUCUGCAAGUGCCUAAAUCCCUGGGAAAGUUCUCCUCAUCUCUGGCGAGAGGUCAAAAUCCCGCCACAAUCAACUUCGGGGCAAUUCUCCUGCUCAGCAUCAUAGCCGUCAUUGGGACUGUGAUUGGAAAUUUCUGGGCACCUGGCACUUCUAUGAUGAAUUCUCCUGGCUUGACGUCACUCUUCAAGACGGACGCGGACUCGAGCACGUCGAACAAUUGGAUUUGGACUUCCGUGAAAGACUCAAUGCUGAAGGAAGACGGGAUGCUGAAUGACUGCGCGAAAAAGUUCGUCUGUCUCACUACAGCUGAGGCGAUCGAGAGGCGGCGGCACGGCAUUAAUAGUCAGCUGGACAGCCUCAUUGAGGGCGUCACGCGGAGAGUUCAUUUGCGUGAUGUGCAGCCAGGCGUGAGUGUCUCUAUGGCCAUUGAACGUGCUUUCAGUGGAGGAUGCAGUGGACACUUCAACAAUUGCUCAGCGAAAAUUCAACCUCUGCAGCACUAUCUAAUCCAAUAG